AACUUUCGGCCAUGACAGUGCACGAGCCGCAUCCACGUUGUUGUGAGAUUUAAUGUUCGGUCGUUUGCUAAUGUCCACCUAAACAACACUAGUAGCUCUUGUAAACUGGACUUUCCCCCUUUUUCUUUUCUUCAUUCAGUCUUCUUUAUCCUCUCAGCAUGGCACAACCGGCAGAAAAAGGUUAUUAUCGCUUCGUGGUGCUGCUCUUCAAUUGCUUACUGACUUUCGGCUCCUACUUCUGUUUUGAUAUGCCCAGCGUUUUGCAAAACCAGUUUCAAGGGAACCUGACAUGCCCCAAUGCAACUGUAAUCAAUGGGACAAUGGACUGUGUGGAGGGCUUGGGGAUGACCCCCCAGGAGUACAAUCUUCUCUACGCUAUCUAUGCAUGGACGAAUGCAAUUGUGGUGAUCUUGGCUGGCUUCCUGAUUGACAAAUUGGGCAACCGAUUUGGAGUGUUUGUUUUCUCCUUCUUGUGCGUUUUGGGCUCCUCCCUGUUCGCUCUGGGCUCCCACUUUAAAGGAACUCCCUACCUGCUGCCCCUGAUGCUCACAGGACGACUCCUCUUCGGGUCUGGCAAUGGAUCUCUGACCAUUGUUCAGAACCGCAUCACUGCCUUCUGGUUCAAGGGGAAGGAACUGGCCUUAGCCUUCGGGCUGACCUUGGCCUUCUCGCGCCUGGGCUCAGUCCUCAACUUCUUCCUCACGCAGCGCUUUGAAGAAAGGUUUGGCAUGCAGUGGACCCUCUGGGGUGGUGCACUCUUGUGUGUGCUGGGCUUUACGUCUGCCAUCAUCGUGAGCUCGCUGGACAAGGUGGGAAUGAGGCAGCUAGGUCUUGAUGGGGUCAUCCAAGAGGAGUCUCGCAAAGUGAGAAUUCAGGAUGUGAAGCAGCUGUCCCUAAGGUACUGGCUGCUGGUUCUGACCAUCAUGUUCUUUUACAACGGAAUCUUCCCUUUCAUUGCUGAUGCCAGUAAGUUCAUUCAGGAUAAGUACGACGACUACACUCAGAAGGAGGCGUCCUACGUGGCCGGGGCCGUUUACGACAGCUCCCUCGUCCUCUCCGCCUGCGUCGGCAUUCUUAUCGAUUACGUGGGUCUGCGGGGCAUCUUCGCCGUGUCCUGUGCCGUACUAACGCUGCCCGUGUUUGGACUGCUGGCGUUCACCUUUGUGGCUCCUCUGGUCUCCACUAUCUGGCUGGGAGUCACCUACUCCUUUGCUGCCGCAAGCAUGUGGCCAUCUAUUCCUCUGGUGGUGCCUCAAGCGACCAUCGGCACAGCCAUGGGCAUCGCCACCUCCGUCCAGAUGAUUGGGAUCGGGAUUUCCAAUCUGGUUGUCGGGCAGAUUUUGGGCACCGAGUUCAGUGACACAAAGAUCCCGCUGUGGCGCUGGCAGAGGAUGAUGAUCUUCAUGUUGGCCAACACCAUCGCUUGCAUCGUCACCUCGGUGCUGCUCAACAUCGUCGAUGGCAGACAGGGCGGGACUCUGAACAAGUUAAGCAAAAGAUCGACACAGGCAGAAGCGGAGUCCGACACGGAGCCGCUCACCCGUGGAGAAGAAGUGGACGAUGAGGACGAGAGGGAUGCACGGUCGCCGUCUCGCUCCAUCAACUCCUGACUUCUCCAUUGUCCUCAAGUUUGAGCAUUUCUCUAAGCUUAUUUGAUUACUGUUACAGUUUUAUUCCACAGCUAUAUGGUUGAUCUAUUUGAAUUUUUAAAUUUACGGCUAGUGAUUUUAAUAUAUUCUUGAAGAAGGGAAUUAUAUCAAGCCAUAAAAGAUUUUUUUUAUUUUAUGAAAAAAGGUUUACCAAAAGUGACCACACUUCAAAACUUUACAAUGACGUAUACAGAUGUGACUUCAAUGUCAUGUGCAGGAGAUGAAUUGAUAUCGCCGCAGUUGUUUUUACAAACAUAACCAUUAAAAUAUGACUUGAAAAAUAAAUUAAAAAUGAUACAUUUCUUUUCAUGACUCAA